CAUGGCAGCCCCUGGUUUUCCCUCUCCUCCCAACAAAACCAACCUUCUCCUCCUUCGUGCUGCUCCAUCCAACCUCAGCCGUUCCUCGCCCUUUAUAUCGGGACGACGACGACGACGACGACGACGACGAUCGCGAUCCUGUCCCCUCGUACCCCCUCACCUCCCCUGCUCCCCUUUCAUCGUCCCCUGCCCACCAACGGACGAUGCGAGGUUUCAAGAAUCCCCCGCGGCUAACCAACUGAGGAGCGUCGCGCCGGUCUAACCGUCCCCUGUCUCCCCUGCCCUUUUGGCUGUUCGUUCUCCUGUUCGCUCUCCUGUGCUAAAGACAGGAUCUUCUCGCGUUUUUCGCAGUACCCGGAUUGCCGUUUCGGGUAAAGGUGGUGGCAUUGGGAUUUGUUGGGGGGAGGUUUUGGGUUGUUGAUGGGGAUCACGACCGCGGUGGCUGAUAGAAAAGGUAAGGAGUGCCGCGAAUUGUCGAGGGACAAUAGCGUGAAGACGAACGGCAAGUCCAGGAAGGGCCAUCGACGCCAGAAGAGGAUGUUGCCGAUACAGCGGCUGUACGAUACUUGUAAGGAAGUUUUUGCGGAAAGCGGGACCAAUAUCAUACCGUCUCCUGAGAAUGUCGAGAGGUUGAAGGUGGUUUUAGAUGGAAUUAAACCUGGAGAUCUUGGUCUGACUGCUGAUAUGCCAUACUUCCGGUCAUCCGUCACUCAGCGAUACCCAGCGAUUACAUAUCUGCAUCUCUGUGAAUGUGAUAAAUUUUCGAUGGGAAUCUUUUGUUUGCCACCUUCGGGCGUCAUUUCUCUACACGAUCACCCAGGAAUGACGGUUUUCAGCAAGCUUCUUUUGGGGACCAUGCACAUUAAAUCAUAUGACUGGGCAGUUAAUGACCCAAAUACAUCUGCAGCAAAUUCAUCACCCACUGUGCCUCCUGGGGUGCGUCUAGCAAAGGUGAAGGUUGAUUCCAACUUCACUGCACCCUGCAACACGUCCAUACUUUACCCAUCAGAAGGAGGCAACAUGCAUUGCUUCACGGCGGUAACGGCCUGUGCUGUUCUUGACGUCCUGGGUCCACCAUACUCCGACCCGGACGGCCGACACUGCAACUACUACUGUGACUACCCAUUCUCCAGAUUCUCAGUUGCGGGGGUUUCGGUGCCGGAAGAGGAGAGAGAUAAGUAUGCAUGGCUUGAAGAGAGGGAAAAACCCACGGAACUGGCUGUGGAGGGAGCACAUUACGAAGGCCCGAUGUUUAAGGAGCGUUGAUGAUCUUUGCAGAGAUUUCCCCCAUUACAUUCUUCUACAUGCCUAUUCUCUGUGAAUGCUUCCGAUUUUAGAUAGCAGUUCAGACUUUUGUUUUCUUUUCCUAUGGAGCUCUUUCUCUCUUCUCGGGGUAUAUGAACGAGGCACUUGGUGCCCUCCUCCUUCCUUCUCUACGGUUUCCUUUUUCUUCUCGUUACACAGCAUUAAUGUACAUAAAAACAGUGAACUGAAGAGAGACAGCCUUCUUCCUGCAGAGCAGAGAGGGAAUAGCAUGAAUUUGUCUUGAGAAUGUCAAGACUACAAAUUUGUUCUC